CUCUUCUUUCAAACACAAACAUGUCCCUUCCAGCUGCAACCCAAAGAGCUCAAGUUCGCCGAACAGCACAGUUUCAUCCAACCGUCUGGGGUGACUACUUCAUCAAGCGCGUAUCCGAUAAUCAGAUGGCAAGUGUUUGGACUGAACAAGCCAAGAUUCUGAAAGAAGAAGUGAGGAGGAUGCUUACCUCUGCUACUGAUCAUAAAGCUUCAGAAAAGCUGAAGUUGCUAGAUGCUAUUCAACGACUUGGGAUUUCUUACCAUUUUGAAGGAGAAAUAGAAGAAGCAUUGAAAAAAAUUUAUCAAGACUUUGAAGAUGACGGGAACCUCUGUACUGUGGCUCUUCGAUUUCGCCUUCUAAGACAGCAGGGCUAUCACGUUUCAUCUGAUGUUUUCAGCAAGUUCAAGGAUGGGGAAGGUAACUUUAAGGAAGAUUUAAUCAAUGAUGUGCAUGGCUUGUUAAGCUUGUAUGAAGCUUCAUAUCUCAGUGUGCAAGGAGAAGAUAUACUAGAUGAAGCUCUUGAAUUCACCAAAACUCACCUAAUAAUGGCAACCCAAUUUGGUUCUCCUCUUGCUGACCAAGUUAGCCAUGCUUUAAGGUGGCCUAUACGCAGAGGAUUACCAAGGAAAGAGUCAAGGGAUUAUUUCUCUAUUUACCAGCAAGACGAGGCAGAUAUUAAACCUUUACUGAAGCUGGCAAAGUUGGAUUACAAUAUAGUGCAGAUGUUGCAUCAAAAAGACAUGAACAUGAUCACAAAGUGGUGGAUAGAUUUGGACUUCACAACCAAACUACCUUUCGCUCGAGACAGAGUGAUCGAAUGCUCUUUCUGGGCAUUAGGAACGUUUUCUGAGCCACAAUAUGUUUUUGCGAGAGAAGUAUUGUCUAAAGCUGUUGCUAUGCUGUCUGUUAUGGAUGAUAUAUAUGAUGUGAAUGGUACGAUUGAAGAACUAGAGCUAUUCACCAAAGUGGUUGAGAGUUGGGAUAUUAGCAUGAAAGAUCAACUUCCGGAUUACAUGAAGGCGUAUUUAGACGCAUUUUUAGAUUUCUACGCUGAAAUAGAGGCAGUAACUACAAAGGAAGGGAGGCCAUUCUGCAUUCACUACGCAAAGGAAGCGGUGAAGAAGCAAGUGAGAGCUUAUAUCACUGAAGCAAGAUGGUUCAACAGUGAUUAUGUGCCAACAUUAGAAGAAUAUAUUUCUGUUGCAGUGAUCAGCUCUACUUACCCUAUCUUGAUAACCUUAUCCUUCUGUGGGAUGGGCGAAGUGGCUUCAAAAGAGGUCUUUGAUUGGCUUUUCACUGAACCUAAACUUUUAUAUGCUGCAUCAGGUCUUGCCAGGCUCAUAGAUGACAUCAGGUCCCAUGAGUUUGAGCAAGAAAGGGGACAUGUUGCUUCAGCUGUGGAAUGCUAUAUGAAGCAACAUGGCGUAUCACAGCAGGAGGCAUAUGAUGAGUUAUACAAAAUAGUCAUAAAUUUGUGGAAAGACCUCAACGAGGAGCUCCUGAAAGAAACUGCAGAUAUUCCAAAGCCUAUUUUGAUGUGUAUUCUGAACAUUGUAAGGGUCAUGGAUGUUGUUUACAAAGAUGAAGAUAGUUAUACAAACUCCAAGACUUCACUCAAGGAUAUCCUGGCUACUUUCCUAGUCAAUCCUGUAGCUGUUUAAGCCCUGAAGUUUCUGCAAUUGCUUCUUCUUCAUCUUCACCGUGCGAUAUAACUAUAUAUAUGGAACAAAUAAUGGGUGUGUGAAUUUCAGUUCAAGCAUUAAGAAGGGUUUUAAAACUUGUGUUGCUCUGCAAAUUUGGAUGUGUAAUAGAACUAGUUUUGAUGCCUUGUUAUUGAGGCAGAAGAUCCUCUGUUUGUAUUUGUUAUUGUGUGACAUAAUGCCUUAAAAGUCUCAAUUAAUUGGCUUGGAGAUCA